AGUGAGCCCAACAGUAAGACAAAAUCUACUUUCUGUUCUUUCUCCACUCUCUUCUCUCUCUGUACCUCUAAUGGCGGCCGUUUUAGCAAACUCGAUACCGCUUCAUUGCGCGAAAUCUUGCUCAGAUUCAUCUCUCAAUCUCGGCUUCUCGAAAACGCUAUGCUUUUCAACAAAAAUCCCUUGUCUGGUAUCAAAACCCAACAAUCAUCAACUCAAGAAGCUGGUGGUCUCUGCCAGAAAUGUCGAUGAGACGAUUGCUGACACCGCUUUGUCUCAGUCUCCCGCAACCCGACCAAAGGUGAGACGCCACACCAUUUCAGUUUUUGUGGGGGAUGAAAGUGGAAUGAUUAACCGGAUUGCCGGAGUCUUUGCAAGGAGAGGAUACAACAUCGAAUCUCUUGCUGUUGGUUUGAACAAGGACAAGGCACUCUUCACCAUUGCUGUCUCUGGAACUGAAAGAGUCUUACAACAAGUCAUGGAGCAACUCCAGAAACUCGUGAAUGUUUUGAAGGUUGAAGAUCUCUCAUCUGAGCCUCAGGUAGAGCGAGAAUUAAUGCUCAUAAAAGUGAAUGCAGAUCCAGCAUCACGUGCUGAGAUUAUGUGGUUGGUUGACAUCUUCAGAGCAAAAAUAGUGGAUAUCUCAGAACACUCAGUAACCAUUGAGGUAACUGGAGAUCCCGGGAAGAUAAUAGCUGUGGAAAGAAAUUUAAGAAAGCUUGGAAUAAAAGAAAUUGCUAGAACUGGAAAGAUUGCUUUGAGACGAGAAAAGAUGGGUGAGGAUGCUCCAUUUUGGCGAUUCUCAGCAGCUUCAUAUCCAGAUCUUAGAGAACCAGUGCCUGUUAAUGCUCUUGAACGGACUAGAAAUGGAUCACUAACCAGUGAAGCUGAAACAUCCGCUGGGGGAGAUGUUUAUCCCAUUGAGCCGCCUGAUGGCCUAACAGUCAGUCAAGUUCUUGAUGCUCACUGGGGUUUACUCAAUGAUGAAGAUACAACUGGACUUCGAUCACACACUUUGUCCAUGCUCGUGAGUGACUCUCCGGGAGUGCUUAACAUUAUUACUGGGGUUUUUGCUCGAAGAGGCUAUAACAUUCAGAGUUUGGCUGUUGGACAUGCUGAAGUUGAGGGGCUCUCUCGAAUUACAACUGUUGUCCCAGGGACAGAUGAAUCAAUUAGCAAAUUGGUGCAACAACUCUAUAAGCUUAUAGAUCUGCAUGAGGUUCGGGAUCUUACCCACUUGCCAUUUGCUGAACGGGAAUUGAUGCUGAUAAAGAUAGCCGUUAACGCAGCUGCUCGACGAGAUGUCCUUGAUAUCGCCAGCAUCUUCAGGGCCAAAGCUGUUGAUGUGUCUGAUCAUACAAUCACUCUUGAGCUCACUGGAGAUUUGGACAAGAUGGUUGCACUUCAGAGACUGUUGGAACCCUAUGGCAUUUGUGAGGUAGCGAGAACUGGCCGUGUAGCAUUGGUGCGCGAGUCAGGUGUGGACUCGAAGCAUCUUCGAGGAUAUUCAUUCCCUUUAUAAUCUAAACAAGUUAGCAAAGUUAUGUUGCCUUGCACAACACAUAAAGAAACUCUUUAGGUAAUACAUCAUGUAGGAGAAGAAUUUUGUUAUUUAUUUUUACUGUUCAUGUUUUUUGGAGAUAUGGGUUUGGAUAAGUAAAUAACAAGAAGCAGCUUGUGAUUUUGUAUUUCUUGAGA